AUGGACACACCAGCUCUCUCUAAACCAGUUUCGAAGCUUAGUACAAAACUUGAAAACCACUGGAAUAAGAAUAAAACCAGGCCAGGAAUAGGAUUGGUGGAAUUGGAAAUUAGGAAAAGUGAGGUGGCAACGUCAGGGAAGAUUGUCAAAAAUGUUUUUGUGUCACACAGCUUCCAACAGAAUACACAGUUGUUCGCUUCACAGUCACAGGGUCGAAGGGACUAUUAUUUUGCCCCUUAUCCCCGCAACUCAAACCUUCCCUCUCCGCUAGGGAAGUUGGCAUGGACUGCCUCUUCCAUGCAAUUGCGCACUUUAUACAAACCCCAGAAUCAUUUUAGUAUCCAGAGAAAUUUUCACUGCAAUGCUUCUGCAUCUGCAUCUGCCACUGCUUUGCCAUAUCUGGACAAGACAGAUUUUCUAAAGCUUCAAAAUGGCAGUGACAUACGUGGUGUGGCUGUGGAUGGUGUCGAGGGAGAGAAGGUUAACCUCACUGAAACUGUUGCUGAAGCAAUAGGAGCUGCUUUUGCUGCAUGGUUAGUGGAGAAAAAAAGGGUUGAUCCUUCUCAGCAUUUGAGAGUUUCUAUUGGCCAUGAUUCCAGAAUAUCAGCCCAAUUAUUACAGAAUGCAGUUUCUCGAGGGCUUGCUGGUGCUGGCCUAGAAGUUGUCCAUUACGGAUUAGCAUCAACACCGGCCAUGUUCAAUAGCACACUCACAAAGGAUGAAACAUUUUUGUGUCCUGCUGAUGGAUCUAUUAUGAUAACAGCAAGUCAUCUGCCUUUCAACAGAAAUGGAUUCAAAUUUUUCACUAAUGCUGGUGGGCUUGGGAAGGCUGACAUCAAAGAUAUCUUAGAGCGAGCGGCGGACAUUUACAAUCAAUUUACCCCAGAAAGUUUGAAGAUUUCAGAGAAAAAAGCUGUACUAACUAUUAAGAAAGUUGAUUACAUGAUUGUCUAUACAUCUGAUCUAGUAAAAGCGGUUCGCCAAGCUGCUGGAAACAUAGGCAUGACUUCGCUGAAGUAUUUUUAUAAUAGUCAAUAUAAACCAUUGGAGGGUUUCCAUAUAGUUGUUGAUGCAGGCAAUGGAGCAGGAGGCUUUUUUGCAGCAAAGGUUUUGGAACCUCUAGGGGCAAUAACUUCUGGUAGUCAAUUUUUGGAGCCUGAUGGUAAUAACCUUAUCUGGAGGAGUGAUUUGAGUGGGUAUGGUACGUGGACUGUGAUCGACUAA